AUGUCAUCCGGAUUUGGCGAACGUACGCCUCUGCUCUGGCAGCCGAGCCAGAACCAGAACCAGAACCAGAAUCCAGCCGUCCUUCGCGACGAUGUGGCGGCAGUUGACCCCCACGCCCAGUUCUGCAUGAUGGUAGGCGUGCCGUCGUCAGAACCGACGCCCGACGGGCGCCGCUCGAAGGUCCCCGCGAAAUCCCUCUACGGCCGGGCCACGCGCCAACUCGCCAACCAGCGCUGGACGUACUACGGCACGGCAUCACUCUCCAACACCCUCCUCCUCAGCCAGGUGGUCCUGGGCGCGGCCCUCACAGCCCUCGGGGCCAGCGCGUCCAGCCACAUCCUGAUCACCGUGUUCGGCGCGCUCAACACCAUCAUCGCGGGCCUGGUCGCGUACCUGAAGAGUCGGGGCCAGCCCAUGCGCGCGCGCAUGUACCGCGACGAUCUGGAGCGCGUGGUCGACGAGAUCGAGAACAGCGAGGUCAUGUGGUUGGGCAUCUCCCGUGGGGUGCAUGGGUAUGAGGACAUUGAUACCGGUGGUGGGAGCGCCAAUGGGAACGGCAGUAAGGACGCUGCUGGCGUUGUGACUGUCCGCAGCGAGGUCGCUAGGUUGACGAGGCUGUAUGAUCGCGCGGUGCGGAACAACACGGUGAAUAAUCCGGAUAUGUACAUGACUGGGGCGGCCGAGGGCGGGUAUUACAGCGGCAACGGAGGUGGCGCGGCUUUAAGAAGUCGUGUUGGUGGGCCGAAUCCCGCAAGUGGCCCUGGCCCCGUGGGUAUGGUUGCGCCUGUUGUGAGCCAGCCUGUUGCGGCGGCUCCUGCGGCUCCAGCGCCGGUGGUGCAGGAGGUGCAUGAUCCGGAUGAGAGUCCCGCGACGGCACCGCCGAAGCCGAAGCCGAAGGAGGAGGACAAGAAAAGGGACACGGACGUGGAGGAGGUGCCGAAACAGGAGUCGAGCAAGGAAGAUGGAAUGGACGGCAAGGGAAAAGGGAAGGACGAGCAAGGAGAAACGCUGUCGAAGAGCCCGACUGUUGUGGACAAGCCGCAGGUUGAGGGAGCGGCGGCUGUACCAGACACAGCGGCACCUGCACCAGCAAACCAGGAACCAGACCGUGACCCUGAUGCCGAACCGGCCAGUGAUGUGAAUGUCCCGUUGAAGAAGGUCGCUGGUGAUACUGUGGAGGGGGAGGCUGAAUAA